AUGGGAGUAGAAUUUGGGCGCAUCACUGAGGCAGACCUGUGGCAAUUCUGCUGGAAAGGGAGACGGGAAGACAAGAGUGGUGAGAAGCCUGGAAGUGAGCCUGAAGAGGCAAAGCUGCAGACCGCCAGCAGACAGAUCGUGCAGAACGCCAUCCUGCGGGCCGUGCAGCAGGUCUCCCGGGAGAGCCAGAGCCGGAGGAGGGACGCCAGGGCCGGCAGCACCGCCCAGGGCAGCCUCCGGCCGGGCGCGGGGGAAGCAGCCAAGAAGCCCGAGCAGUAACGCACGGACGGGGCUCUUGGCACACCUUGGUUUCCAGCCCUUUUUGAAGUGUGGAUGCGUCACCAAAAACGUCGCCGGUAAAGCAGACCGAAGAGUCCCUCAUACCCAGCAGUAGGGUGAAUUGGAGCCAGCCCUUGGCCGAGGGCGCUGUCCCGGGAAGUGCAUUAAACAGCUCUGCUUACAUUAAUGCGGUGCCUCUGAAAUAGACAGGCAGGCAAGACACUGCCAUUACAGACGUAGUUUUGCAGCACAAUUCAUUUCUAAAGUUCUUUUUUAAAAAAUGGUUCUGUCUUGU